GAGCGGAGGACAAGUGAGGAACCAUAUGUCCAUUAUGUAGAAGGUUUGAAUGGAAUACAGAAGUACUAAAGGGGCCGGGGCGGACAACAGCCAUUCCGCUGCUUACCACACGGCCGGGUACCCGCGACCCGCCACUGCGCUCACACGGGCAGACACGUCGUCCGGAGACGAGACUACGGUGUGCGCGGCCUGCUCGACGACGCCGCGGCUGAGGUUGUGCAACUUGAUGCGAAUUGCAGCGUCGAGCAAGAGCUCCGCGAAUGCGGGGUGCAUGAUUGCCAAAUGCGGGCAGUGGUGACUCGACUAACGCCUCGCGUAAACCAGGCUCCAGCCCUCUGACCCCGCGGCUCUUCACACAUCACUGUCCAUUCCGGCCUCGACCGCCUCCUUGCCUCCUACCACCACCACCGCUGCCAGCGCCAGCGGCAAGCACCACGUUCCCGACGACGAGCGAUGAGCAACUCUGCUGUUAAUAACCCGGCCUAUCCCGCAUUCGUGCGGCGCAGAAUCGGGCGCGCGCCAUCCCCACCCACAUGGGCGUGCUACGAGCAGAUUCCGUUCGAUGAUGAGUACAGCGACAGCGGGUCGGAGGACAACUCCUGCUCGGAGGACGAGGAGGACUACGGUCGUGCCGUCCACCCAGGGAGUGAUGUCUCCGACGGCGAUCCUCAUGCCGCUCGCGAGAACGGGCAUGCGCUUCCGGCCGGCGACGACAUAGGACCUGAUGAGGGCGAUGAGGCUGCUGCGCGGAAGAUAGCGGAGUACAAGAAGGACGUCAAGGGAAAGCAGCGUGCCAUUGAGCCUGAGCCCGAGCCUGAGAGCCCCAGGAGGCAGCACCGAAAGAAGCGUCGCCAGCCGGUCUUUACUCUCCGCCCAAUCUUGACCAUCCAGAGGAGCCAAGGUUUCGUGUGGAACCAGGACCUGUUCGUGCCGCCAUACAUUAAAGACAGAUAUGUCGCGUCGACUUCCCCGCCGAACGUGUCGGGUUUUGUGUCAGCUCCUACGGCACCCGGGAUGGAUUACGAGGUCGAAGUGGUUGAAAUUCGGGUCAAGGAGGGCGAGCUCAAUGACAUUAUCCCGUAAAUUAGUUUCCGUCGUCCCUUAGCACAGUUUGAAUAUCCCAGUUCCUCGUAUCCCCAGGUAUCGCCUCAGUGUUAGACCUCCCCCCCUGUAUCUCAUCCAGCUAUAUACCUUACCACUGUAUCUGCCCCCACACUCACGAACUGUACCAAAUGCUACUCGAGUUAUUUUACCUGUC